AUGAACUUAGAAGAAGCAUCUGGUGCAAAGAAGCGUUACUCCAACAGCGGAGUGAACGAAGUAACGAGAUUGUUGGGUGCGCAUGAGAUGUCCGCAUAUGCUAUUGCACUAAAGCAUGCGCACAUAUCACUCCAAGCAGCAAAGUCGAGAAAAGGUAACGGUUGCUCCUGCGGUUUCCCAUCCACAGGAUGCUUAGCUUAUCGUUUUUAUCAUGGUCCUGAAAGUAACAAAAUCUUUGAAAUUUUCCAGUGCUCGACAUCGGGACUAGUAGCGGAAAUAGUUACCAAGAAUCUCACAGAAACCGAAAAGGAAGGGGAAGAUGUUUCAAUUCGUAUUCGCGGUGGAGAGAAGGGAUAUAGAGUAUACUCUAAAUGGGAAAAAUAUACAUUCCUUCCCAAUUGUUUACACCAUUGCCCAAGAGUGAAUCAUACUGCCUGUACAAACAGAGAGGCAUACUAUCAUAAGAGAGUGCUAUGGAACGGUGAACUGCUCAUAAUUAAUUCACAAAUAAACGAUUCUGGCAUUUAUUACGUUGGAAGGAUGAGCCAACUGAGCCCAUGUCGUCGCGGUGUCAUACUCCUUGUGAGCCCGAGGCACUGGUAUAACUUCCUUAGCGGUUUCUUCACUAUCUGGGAAACAAUAUACGAUUUUUUCAAUGGUGAUGAUGACGAAUAG